AUGAGUGUCGAGACUCCUAUAUUAUCACAAAGGAAAAUAGGUCCGGACUCAAUAAGAUCGCAUAGGCGACGCAGGGACUUUCCCUCGCAGAAUUCAGAACAAGCGUUAUUACGAAGCAGGAGAAAUUUAACUUUACAAAUAGAGUCAGAGUCUGAACGAGACGAAGGCAUGAAAAUAAACAAUAUACAGUUUUACUCAGUUUAUGAAAUAUGCAAACUCUUGCUUUCGAUACAUGAUAACCAUAUGAAAACGUUUUAUAUUUUAGAUACGACAAAAACCCCAGCAGAGAUUAUCGAUGACGUGAUAUCAUGUAUCCAGAAUCGAUCCGAAGAACCAGCAACUCGCGUUGAGAAGCUAGGCAGUUUGAUAAGACUGAUAAAGAAUCAUGAGCGAAUAAAAUACACAUAUCCACCGGAACCUCUAUUACGAGGCCUAAGAUUUUGUGUAUCAGAUCCUGUCAAAGAAGUACGCUUGGCAGGAUACCGAGCACUACGAUACUUGGUUGUUGACGCGAGCAGAGUAGAGAAAGUUAUAAAUCUACAUUAUGAUAUAUUUAUGAUGAGGUCUUUAGCAAAAGAUCCACGAUAUUUUAACGAUGAACGCGCACAGGUUUUAAAGCUUAUCAGAUCUUUUACUGAUGUGCCGGAUGGUACGAAAUAUAUACCUUUGGGAGUAUUGCGCACUGUUGUGUCAAUUGCAGAACAAGCUGACGAGAAGUUACGAAAUAUUUGUGUGAUGACAUUAGCUGAGAUGGUUAUCCGAGAUCCUAAGUUAGUAACACAAUGCGGAGGCAUGCGAGUACUAUUACAGUCUCUAGUGGACGGACCUCUAGAACUUUCAGAAUAUCUAGCGUUGACGAUAUUAUAUGUCGUCGAUACACCAGAAUCAAGAAAAUGUAUCCGUCCAGGAGUGGACUUGGAGAUUGUUCUUUCCGGAUUCACUGAUAUUUGCAGUAAGACUCCGAAAUCGGAACAGCAAAUGAAGGCUAGUUCCCGGGCAAUUUCAAUUCUGCUUAAAACAUGGACUGGGAUCAUUUAUUUGUCUAUGGAUAAUAAGCAAUCUAUCAGAUCGAUUGUGGAGUCUUUAAGAAUUACGACUGAUGAGUCGAGGGAUGCCAUGUUAGAUAUGUUAUUUAACAUUUUUCGAAUAAAACCACCAAAAUGGUAUCCAAAUUUUUUAUCUGGGAGGCGGAUAACCUUAUACGGUCAGCCAUCUCCUGAAGAAGAGAACAAUUAUAAUAAUAACAACUACGACUAUGACGAAGUAGCACCACCAUCGAUAUCGUCAAAUUCAAAUGAUCGACUUAAUUUGCUCGAUCAUCAUUUGGUGAUAUUGUUGGUGAUUUUUAUUGAUUCUGGGUUACUUGAGGCGUUAAUCGAAAUAAUCGAGGAUAAGAAUCAACGGGUUGCGCGAAAAGCCACUCUUUUAAUAGGCGAAAUCCUACAGUUGUCAAAUCGAUUGCUUUCAGUAUCCCGUUCUAUAAAAAUACAAUCUCUUCCAAAACUUUUCAAUCUCGCCAUGAAAUUCGAAGAUGAAAUAAUUCGUCACAACGCCACAGCAGCUCUCUCCCACAUUGACAACCUAAAUCGCACACGACUCGGACUACAAUCCAACGACGGCAUUUCUGAAUUCGGGGCAUUAGGUGUUGCCGCAGCAGCUCUCGAAGAUCGUCGUAGACGCAGUGCGCGACAAGUAGAAAACGUGAAGAUAAAAAUGGGCAUACAAAUAGACGACGUCCAUUUCCGAAACAUGCUCAUGGAAACCCAGGUGUUGGCUAAGGAUUAUACGCAAUGGAAAUGGGAGACAUUGAUGGAAUUAUUGCAGGGACCGUUGCUCAACCCACGGAGAUUAGAGGAUGCUAUAAGGUCAAAGUUCUUGAAGCGGUUGAUUGGAUUCUUUCGUCCAAAUAGUUAUAGGUUUUCGAAUAUAAAGAAAGCUAUGGACACGCAACGUUAUGUACGGUUGGGUUGCACGCUUAUUACAACAUUAUUGGCCAAUGCAGACGGUCUGAAAUUUCUGGAAAGCAAUAAAUUCUUGAGGCAGAUAGCCGAAGGAUUAACACAACUUGACCCUAUUAACGGAACUGUGGAGUCAGAACCAUUAUUUUCUAAAGAACGGAUAGAAACUACGCUUACCUCUGGAUACUUUACCAUGCUAGGUGUCUUCAGCAAAUCUAAAGAGGGGGUUAAGUUACUAGAAAAAUUCAAGAUCUUCAAUACAUUCUAUCAUUUGAGCGAGUUAAGAAGUCGCGAGGACUUGAUAAAGACUAUUAUUACAAAUUUGGAUUAUACCCUAGAUGGUCACCCGCGUAUUCUACUGUCGAAAGUCAUGACUUCUGGAUAUAAGCAAAUGCGCCUAUACGCCACAAAACAUCUCGGAAUUAUCUUACGUAGUUCCACCAAAAAGUUUAGUGAUUGGGGAAUUCGAUUGCUAAUUACACAGCUCUACGAUCCCGCAAUGGAAGUAUGCGAAAUGGCGGUCAGAGUACUCGAAGAAAUAUGUAAACACAAAGAAAAUCUCGAGUUGCUCGUAAAACUACGACCCAGCCUCGACCACUUAGGCGAAGUCGGAAAUCCGUUACUUCUGAGAUUUUUGUCGACAUCGAUUGGAUUCCGGUAUCUUUCAGAGUUUGAUUACGUGGAACGGGAGAUGGAUGAUUGGUUUCAGAGCCGAAAUCAGUAUUAUGUCACACAGCUUGAAGUUUUGUUGGCCACUGCGCUAAAGCUUGACGGCGAUAACGGCAAAGUUGAGGAGGAUGACAUAAAAAUGCAAACAUUCGACGGCACGACUCCGCCACACUUUUACGGUGAACUAGCAAAAACCGAUGAAGGAUGUCAACUAUUACGUGACUCGGGACAUUUUCGUGAAUUUGCUCGGUUUGUAAAAGAAAAUGGGAUGGAACGGUCGGAUCAAUCGAUUAUUUCCAGAUUGAAGUCUGUUCUUUGGGCGUUGGGUAACAUUGGUGCAUCCAAAAGCGGCUUGCCGUUUUUGGAGGAGGAAGAUAUUAUUAAGGAUAUAGUCAAAAUUGCACAAGAAUCCGAAGUUCUUUCGUUAAAAGGAACAUGUUUCUUUGUUUUAGGUUUAAUCGCAAAAACAGCCCAAGGCGUCGAAAUACUCGAAGAACUUGGUUGGGAGUGCGUUUACGAUGCUGAUACUGGAAUUGGGACGGGGUUGUGUGUUCCUACGGAUCCGCAGGAAUUUCUUUCGUUUCCAAAAUGGACAUAUAACGGCUCUCUCUCUGCUUCAUCAAAAAAUCGACCAUUGAUGCCCAAUAGCCCGGUAGAACGCGACCUAUUACGCGCGUUAACGAAUUUGACUAAUCGGAUAUUAUCUAGUACGGGGUGUAAGAGUUUACAAAAAAUAAGAACAAAACAUCCAGAAAUUUUCACACGCCUAAACACAUACCUAAAGGCAUGCCAAAUGCUUUCGUCCUACCAGUAUCGACUACCAACGCGUAGACUUAUUAGUGAGUUGUUUGACGUAAAAUAUACGGCGCAGGUUUUUGAUGAGCUUGAUCAAUUGAUGGCUGAAUCACAAAAAGUUGAAGAGAAUGACGAUGAACCUGUGGAGGUGAUAAUUGAGGGCAGAAACAAUGUGGAUUCUACGACAUCCAGGAACGGCAACAACCAUAAUAACAGUUUAAAUGAUAAAUUGAUUAAAACAAAAGAAACAACAGCAGGAGAUGUCGACGCUCCGUCACCCUUGACAACACAAAAACGCUCUGUGUUCAAUCGUACACAUCGUGGUAGCGAUGGACUGGUGGCUGUGAUGUCAGACGAUCAGAAUGAUACGGGUGCGGAGGAAAUCAUACCGAAACAGACUUUGACACCUUUGAUUGUGAUUAAAGGAUUUAAAGUGUGA